AUGGCCCCGCCUCCUGUCGCCCUAAGUGCAGCACCUCCCAGCUCCAUGGGCGUCGGCGCGGUGGUGAUGGGGGAUGGAAUCGACAGACCCCGAUCUGGAUGUCCGCGGGUAGCCAGCACGUUAUCCAGCCGGAUGGACAGGUCCGCCAGCUGCUUGAAUGUGAGAGUGGUGUCCCUGCAGGCCAACUCCCGACGGACGUCCUCGUGCAAACUGCACCGGCGGGUGGUCAAAGACUGCCCGAAAGCGGCGGGUGAAAUCCAUAAGGCGUUGGCCCACUCCAGGGCCUUCCCUGAGAGGCAGGAGACAAGGACGGCCACGCUCUCACGGCCUGAGGGAGCCAGGUGGACGGUUGCCAGUCUAUCAAAGCUAAAAAUACACCUAAAAAUACACACAGGAGAAAAGCUUUACUCCUGCUCUGAAUGUGGAAAAUGCUUCAAAACGUCAACUGCGCUAAAAGUUCAUCAUGGAACACACAGAGGAGAGAAGCAUUUCUCCCGCUCUGACUGUGGAAAGAGUUUCUCUCAUCGGGACACCUUAAAAAGACAUGAACAUAUACACACAGGAGAGAAGCCUUACUCCUGCUCUGACUGUGGAGAGAGUUUCUCUCAUCGGGACACCUUAAAACGACAUGAACAUAUACACACAGGAGAGAAGCCUUACUCCUGCUCUGACUGUGGAAAGAGUUUCUCUCAUCGGGACACCUUAAAACGACAUGAACAUAUACACACAGGAGAGAAGCCUUACUCCUGCUCUGACUGUGGAAAGAGUUUCUCUCAUCGGGACACCUUAAAACGACAUGAACAUAUACACACAGGAGAGAAGCCUUACUCCUGCUCUGACUGUGGAAAGAGUUUCUCUGAACUGGGCAACUUAAAACGACAUGAACAUAUACACACAGGAGAGAAGCCUUACUCCUGCUCUGACUGUGGAAGGAGUUUCUCUCAACUGGGCACCUUAAAACGACAUGAACAUAUGCACACCGGAGAGAAGCCUUACUCCUGCUCUGAAUGUGGGGUGAGUUUCUCUCAACCGGUCACCUUAAAAAAACAUGAACGUACACACAAAGGAGAGAAGCCUUACUUCUGCUCUGACUGUGGAAAGAGUUUCUCUCAACCAAGCCACCUAAAACAACAUGAACGUAUACACACAGGAGAGAAGCCUUACUCCUGCUCUGACUGUGGAAAGAGGUUCUCUCAUCGGAACACCUUAAAACAUCACGAACAUAUACACACAGGAGAGAAGCCUUACUCCUGCUCUGACUGUGGAAAGAGUUUCUCUGGACCAAGCAACCUAAAACAACAUGAACAUAUACACACAGGAGAUAAGCCUUACUCCUGCUCUGAAUGUGGGGUGAGUUUCUCUCAACUGGUCACCUUAAAAAAACAUGAACGUAUACACACAGGAGAGAAGCCUUACUUCUGCUCUGACUGUGGAAAGAGUUUCUCUCAACCAAGCCACCUAAAACAACAUGAACGUAUACACACAGGAGAGAAGCCUUACUCCUGCUCUGAAUGUGGAAAAUGCUUCAAAACAUCAACUGCACUAAAAGUUCAUCAGAGAACACACACAGGAGAGAAGCCUUACUUCUGCUCUGACUGUGGAAACAGUUUCUCUCGGCCAUGCCACCUAAAACAACAUGAACGUAUACACACAGGAGAGAAGCCUUACUUCUGCCCUGACUGUGGAAAGAGUUUCUCUCAACUGGGCACCUUAAAACAACAUGAACGUAUACACAAAAGAGAGAAGCCUUACUCCUUUUCGGACUGUGGGGCAAGUUUCUCUCGUCCGGACACCUUAAAACGAUCUGAACAUAUACACACACUGGAGAGAAGCCUUACUCCUUCUCUGACUGGAAAGUGUUUCUCUUGAAUGUGCCAUUUAAAAAGACACCAAGGGAAACAAGAGAGGAGCCUUACCACUGAUCUGACUGUAGAAAAUGUUAAAACACCAGCUGAGCUUAAAGGUCAUUAGAGAAAAGACAAAGGAGAGAAGCCUUACUUCUGCUCUCAAUGUGGCAAGAGUUUUUCCCAAUUGGGCAAUGUAGAAACACACCAACGGAUACACACUUGAGAGAAGCCUUAUCACUGCACUGACUGUGGGAAGAGAUUCUACAGAUUGGGCCAUUUAAAAAGACACCAAUGUAAACAUAAAGGAGAGAAGCCUCAUCAGUUCUCUCAGACCAGCUAAGAUUAGACACUCCACUUAAUUCUCAUG